AAAGCAAUGAGAGUGAGCGAGUGGGGCGUAACUGGCCGGCUCCACACUGUAUCGCCAUCUCGCUUUCUCCGGGCGGGGAGUAAAGUGAAAAAAGCCACAAUAAAAUCGACGAUUACAGGCUGUCUGCUCAUUAUUUCGCGUUCUCCGCUCAAAUCAAAACACACAACAACCAUGUCGCUGCAGUCGGACGCCGUUUUCCAAAAGAUCAUCGAUGGCCUGAAGGAGAACGAGGCCAAGGCAAAGGCGGUCAACGGAGUGUUCCUCUACAAAAUCACCAAGGACGGCAAGGUGGCCAAGGAGUGGACUCUGGACUGCAAGAACGCCAAGGCCUAUGAGGGACCCGCCCAGGGCAUCAAGGUGGACACCACCUUGACGGUCGCCGACGAGGACAUGGUUGACAUCGCCCUCGGCAAACUGAAUCCCCAGGCUGCUUUCAUGAAGGGCAAACUGAAGAUUGCCGGCAACAUCAUGCUCACCCAGAAACUGGCGCCCCUCCUGAAGACCGAUGCCAAGUUGUAAAAGGAUCAACAGAGUCCCACACAGUCUGCACAUUCCUCACCAACAACAGUGUGUGUGUGUUCUAUUUUUUUUUCGUGUGUAAUUUGUAAUCUGUAUUCGUGUUUUUGUUUCACCACAUAAUUAAUGUUAUUUUUGUACGGGAAAUCGUCUACAAAACUAGAAAAUAAUACAUAAGGCGAAAACGACAAA